CCAUGGAAGGAGGACUUUUCUCUGCUCACAAGCCUACUUUUCUUCUUCUUCUCCUUCAUAUUUUCCUGCUUGCUUUGCUUCCAUUCAAGGCCAUUUCAUCACCAAAAACACAGGCAGAAGCUUUGCUAACUUGGAAGAACACCUUUUAUGAUGCACCACCUUCCCUCACUUCAUGGUCCCUCACUAACCUCAACAAUCUUUGCAACUGGUAUGCCAUUGUUUGUGACCAGAGCAGCAAACAAGUUUCCCAAAUUGACCUCUCCAACCUCGACAUCUCUGCAACACUAACCGAUUUCAACUUCACCCCAUUUCUCAAUCUUACCCAAUUCAACCUCAAUGGCAACAAUUUCGAAGGACCUAUACCAUCUGCCAUUGGCAACCUCUCCAAGCUCACAACUUUGGACUUGGCUUGGAAUUCCCUUGAAGGGCCAAUUCCAUCCUCCAUAGGCCAACUCAGGGAGCUUAAAUACCUUGAUCUUAGAGAGAAUUCCUCAAACUCUUCAAUCCCUUCUGAGCUUGGUCUUUGUACCAAACUCACCUACUUGGACCUGUCUUCCAAUCACCUUGAAGGGAAAAUUCCGCCUUCUAUAGGCCAACUCAGAGAGCUCCAGCACCUUGAUCUUAGUAAUAAUUUUUUAAAUUCUUCAAUCCCUUCUGAGCUUGGUUUUUGUCCCAGCCUCACCUACUUGGCCCUGGCUACCAAUCACCUUGAAGGGAAAAUUCCGCCUUCUAUAGGCCAACUCAGAGAGCUCCAGCACCUUGAUCUUGGAGAGAAUUCCUUAAACUCUUCAAUCCCUUCUGAGCUUGGUUUUUGCCAACUCAGGGAGCUUAAAUACCUUGAUCUUAGAGAGAAUUCCUUAAACUCUUCAAUCCCUUCUGAGCUUGGUCUUUGUACCAAACUCACCUACUUGGCCCUGUCUUCCAAUCACCUUGAAGGGAAAAUUCCGCCUUCUAUAGGCCAACUCAGAGAGCUCCAGCACCUUGAUCUUAGAGAGAAUUCCUUAAACUCUUCAAUCCCUUCUGAGCUUGGUUUUUGUACCAGCCUCACCUACUUGGCCCUGGCUUCCAAUCACCUUGAAGGGAAAAUUCCGCCUUCUAUAGGCCAACUCAGAGAGCUCCAGCACCUUGAUCUUAGUAAUAAUUUUUUAAAUUCUUCAAUCCCUUCUGAGCUUGGUUUUUGUCCCAGCCUCACCUACUUGACCCUGGCUUCGAAUAAACUCAAUGGGGAACUGCCUCUGUCCUUGUCCAAUCUGACCAACAUCAUCGAUCUGAGUUUAUUUACUAAUCGGUUUACCGGUCCAUUCCUGCCUUCUCUGCUCUUCAGUUGGACCGAAGUGGUCUCUUUGCAACUUCAACACAACAGCUUUAGUGGGAAUAUUCCACCAGAAAUUGGACUGUUGACAAAACUCAAUGUGCUUGAUCUGAAUGAUAAUAAGUUCUCUGCCUCAAUUCCGUCAUAUAUAGGAAGAUUAGCAUUUUUGAGAAGCUUGGAUCUUUCGAGAAACCAGCUUUCUGGGUCAAUUCCUCUAACACUAUUGAAACUUGCAAAUCUUCAGAGCUUAAAUCUUUCCAACAACUAUCUCAAUGGCCCAGUCCCGCCAGAGAUUUGCGCCGUCUACGUGAUAGAUUUGUCUAAUAACAAUUUGUCACAGGAAAUCCAAAAAGCCCUCGACGAUACUUUUGUUGGAAACUCUGGCCUGUGUGGAGAUGCUAGGGGCCUAACUAAAGCGCGCAAUUCCAAAAAAAAUAACAACAAAGUUAUAAUUGGUGUCCUUGUACCUGUUUGUGGUUUAUCAGUGGUUGCAACUACAAUUGCUCUGAUUCGUAUGUUCCAUAAGAAAACCAAGCGUGCUCUUAAGAAAAUCAAUAGUGCUCAAAACUUUGAGAAUUUUGAGUCAAUGAUAUUGCAAGAAGAAGUAAAAUUUACGUUUGGGGAAGUUGUAAAGGCCAUAGACGAUUUUCAUGAGAAGUACUGUAUUGGAAAAGGAGGAUUUGGAAGAGUAUACAAGGCAGAAUUGCUAUCAGGUCAAGUUGUUGCCGUUAAGAGGCUUAACAUGUCAGACUCUAACGACAUUCCAGCAAUCAAUCUCCAAAGUUUUGAGAAUGAAAUCCGAACUCUAACAAAUGUCCGGCAUAGGAACAUCAUUCGGCUAUAUGGGUUCUGUUCAAGGAGGGGAUGCAUCUUCUUGCUUUAUGAAUAUUUAGAGAGAGGCAGCCUGGGAAAGGCAUUGUAUGGGGUUGAUGGGGUAAUUGAACUUGGAUGGGCUACAAGGGUCAAAGUUGUGAAAGGAUUAGCUCAUGCACUUUCUUACUUGCACCACGACUGCUCUCCACCAAUUGUGCACCGUGAUGUAACUAUCAACAAUGUGUUGCUCGAGUCAGAUUUCGAAGCCCGACUUUCUGAUUUUGGAACAGCAAGACUGAUUAGUGUCAAUUCAUCCAACUGGACCCAUAUCGUUGGCUCAUUUGGCUACAUGGCACCAGAGCUUGCAUUGACAAUGCGAAUCACGGAUAAGUGUGAUGUGUAUAGCUUUGGAGUGGUGGCGCUGGAAGUUAUGAUGGGAAGGCACCCAGGGGAUUUGCUAGAAUCCCAGCUUUCAGAAUCAUCACAAUCAAUGAAGGAGGACAAUGCAAAGUUGCUUUUGAAGGAUUUGUUAGACCAAAGGCUGGAGGCUCCAAGCAAUGAAUUGGCAAAGGCAGUGGUGCUUGUGAUGAGUUUAGCCUUGGCUUGUAUACGUACGCGUCCCGGGUCUCGACCUACAAUGCUCUUUGUAGCACAAAAACUAUCAGCUCAUAUUCUGCCUUCCCUUCCUGAACCAUUUGGCAUGCUAACCAUCAACAAGCUGAUGGGGAUAUAAGAGAAAUUCUUAUACCAUGUAUGUUAACAUUAACAUCUGCACCGUCCAUUCUAAAAAAAUAAAAAUCU